AUGAGCAAUGAGGAUGAGUUCUACGACGCCGUUACAGGCCUGGAUUCGGACGAGUCGUAUGAAGGGGUGUCGGAGUCCAGUUACAAAGACGCUCUGGUGUAUGACAGCAGCAGAAAUAAUGGAUCAAAGGCACAGGAGAAUGGCCUCAAGAAACAUAGGACAUCAUUACCAGCACCGAUGUUUUCCAGAAACACCGUUAGUGUCUGGAGUAUUCUUAAAAAAUGUAUUGGAAUGGAACUCUCCAAGAUUACGAUGCCUGUCAUCUUCAACGAGCCCCUCAGCUUCUUGCAGAGGAUUACAGAAUACAUGGAACACACUUACCUCAUCAACAGAGCCUGCUCGUUAUCGGACUCCGUAGAGCGCAUGCAGGCCGUGGCUGCAUUUGCUGUGUCGGCAGUUGCGUCUCAGUGGGAACGAACUGGAAAACCCUUCAACCCUCUUCUUGGGGAGACCUUUGAACUCACCAGAGAGGAGCAGGGCUUCCGGCUAAUAGCGGAGCAGGUAUCCCAUCAUCCCCCAGUAAGUGCCUUCCAUGCUGAGAGCCUUUCAGGAGACUUUGUCUUCCAUGGGUCUAUAUAUCCCAAGCUCAAAUUCUGGGGGAAAAGUGUUGAGGCAGAGCCGAAAGGGACCAUCACUCUCCAGCUGCUUAAGUAUAAUGAGGCAUACACAUGGAGUAACCCCAACUGCUGUGUUCACAACAUCAUCCUGGGCAAACUAUGGAUAGAGCAGUACGGCACGGUGGAAAUUGUCAACCACAGCACUGGAGACAAAUGUGUGUUAAAUUUCAAGCCUUGUGGGAUGUUUGGCAAGGAGUUGCACAAAGUGGAGGGAUACAUCCAGGAUAAGAGUAAAAAGAAGGUGUGUGUUAUCUAUGGAAAGUGGACAGAGUGCAUGUGGAGUAUUGACCCGCAAUCCUACGAGGCCUACAAGAAGAGUGAGAAGAAAGGAGACAGGAAGCAAAAAACUGAAGAGCCAAUGAGAUUGGAGAAUGAGGACGCCGAUGACAUGCCAGAGAUUCAAGAAACUGUGUCAGUCAUACCAGGAAGUACUCUGCUCUGGAGGAUCGAGCCAAGACCGGCUCACUCGUCUCAGAUGUAUAGCUUCACCAACUUCGCUAUGUCUCUCAAUGAGCUGGACUCGGGCUUAGAGGCCAUCUUGGCCCCGACGGACUGUCGCUUCAGACCUGACAUCCGGGCAAUGGAGAACGGAAGAAUGGAAGAAGCCAGUCAGGAGAAGGAGAGGCUGGAAGAGAAACAGCGAGCUGCCAGGAAGCAGAGAGCCAAGGAUGAGGAGGAGUGGUCCACAAAGUGGUUCCAAAUGGGCACCAACCCCUGCACCGGCUCCCAGGACUGGAACUAUUCCGGGGGUUACUUCAGUAGGAAUUACCAAGACCUGCCCGAUAUCUACUGA